GAUUGGCAUGGGUGAGUAACGCUAAGGCUAAGGCACGAACUACAGUACCUUGUUUUGAGAUUUGUAAGUGGACGGGCUCACAAUACACUGCGCAGAGUAUCCGUUCAUUCGGCCUGCUGUGCUCUAUUUAGUCCGCAGGCGAGUCAUUGGAAGGAAUAUUACUGACCGCACAAAACAACGGGAAUAAUAUUGGUUUGGCUCCGUGUAAAGGAACGAAUAUUUCUCCUGCAUGUCAUACCUGAAGUCGUCCUUGUUCAUUUCUUAAGAACGUUGCAAAGAGCCCGCAAUUUAAGGAUAUUUUACCUACAUGUUGGCAUACGGAUAGAUACUUUAGCGAACACAUCAUGCCUGUUCCCAAGAAGAUAUUGACUGAAUUACUUAUAAUAAUAAUAUCCGCGCUAGCCUUGGUCGAAAGCACGACAGACGCAGAUAAAGUAUAUAUCCAGGAUGCGAAUUGUGAGCACGUACGAAACAUCACCAAAACAUCGGCGAUUAUUUCGUCACACAGGUCCGUCACUGAAAAACCGUACCAUAUGUCCAAAGACUGCAUAAUCCUCAUAUCAGCUCCGCCAGGACAACAGAUAAACUUACGCUUCGAAUUCUUCGAUCUGCAUCCAUCCUUUGACAAGGAAAGCAGCAAUUGCAACCCGAUUUCAGGAGAUAAGUUAAUGAUCUACGAAAGUGGAGACAUGACAAAGAAAGAUUUCUUUAGCCAGCCUGCUGACAAAACGUAUUGCGGUGGUACGGGAAAGUUUCCAAAUGAUUAUAAAUCAAGUACAAAUGCAAUUGCUGUCCGGUUUUUCUCCGAUGGCGUCGAAUCUAAAAAGGAUUUUGGAUUCAUAUUCACCUAUACGACGUUCAAAACUGAAGAAAGCAGUGACUGUUUCAUGUGCAGUGAUGGUACAAUGUGUAUCACCUCAGAUGUAGUUUGCGAUGAUAUUGAAAAUUGUAAUGACGAUAGCGAUGAAAAUCCUGACAUUUGUUCUGCUGAAAAGAAGAAUAUAAUUCAGGAGUGGAUUGACUGGUUAGGCGUUGAAGUUGUAAUAGUCAUUGCUGCAGCUCUUGGACUUGUUCUAAUUGUAAUGAUAAUUACAUGUUUUGUAUGCUGUUGUGGAUGCUGUACAAGAAAAGAAAAGCGCGAUUCUAAGCCAUACAGGGCGCCACCAACGCCAAGACCAACUUCGUUUCCAUCGCAGUCAAACUUCUCUUCGUACUCAUCAAAUUCAGCAGGCCCAGGAAGAUAUUUUCCACCACCCAAUAUGUACCCACCGAUCCAAAAUGGCGGCUAUAGCGUAGUGUAUAACCAUGACAAUGGAAAAGUAGACUUUCCGCAGAAACUUUGAUUUGGAUGAAGUUUCCCUGUGGAAUUCUUACGACGUAGUUCCAUUAUCUGACUUUCGGUCAAUCUUUACAAAAACUGAUUAUGAAUAUUUUGACGAUUUUAUAUUGACAGUUUACCUGUUCUGUACUGAGAUCAGGUACUAUCAGAUAUGUUUAAAUGUUUAAGCGUAAACUCCAACGAAUAAAAUUAAAUACUUCUCGAAGUAACUCUGCUGUAACUCAAAUCGAGCCUGUAUCCCAACGUCUCGUUACUAAUUUAAAUAUCGCUUUGGCUAAAGUUAGAAACAUUGGUGUAUGUUAAGUGUUUCAUGAUUUUAGUAA